CUCCUCAUGUUUUAUUAAUGAGGAGGCAGUGGCCACGGAAAAACUGGCUGCUUCUGGUUUCCAAGCAUAAAUACAAAGCGGACCCGGGCUGAGGGGAAACUGCACAAAGGAAAGCGGAGCCCUCAGAGGUUUUAAAGCUGAAGACCAAGAGAGUCAGGCCCAACGAAGAAGAGUUUGGACGGCAUGCAAAGUUGUGAAAUUUCCUCAGACAGCACUGAUGAUCCCCUUAGUAGCGGCCUACGCACUCAUCGGCAGCCUCGAAUAGUAGUGAUCGGCGCUGGCUUGGCCGGCCUCGCUGCGACUAGGGUUCUACUGGAAGACGGCUUCACGGAUGUAACGGUCCUAGAGGCGCUAGACCACAUCGGCGGACGAGUUCACAGCGUUCGACACGGACAAACUACUUUGGAGCUUGGAGCCACCUGGAUCCAUGGUGCCAAUGGGAACCCAGUGUAUCACAUGGCAGAGGACAAUGGGCUGCUGGAGCACACCACCGACGGGGAGAGGAGCGUGGGCCGCAUCAGCCUGUACACCAAGAAUGGGGUGGCCCACUACCAGACCAACGUCGGCAAGAGGAUCCCCAAGGACCUGGUGGAGGAGUUCAGCGACCUGUACAACGAGGUGUAUGAGCUGACUCAGGAAUUCUUCCAGAAUGGCAAGCCAGUUUGUGCCGAGAGCCAGAACAGCGUCGGCAUCUUCACACGGGACGUGCUGCGCAAGAAGAUCACGACGGAUCCCGAUGACUCCGAGGGCACCAAGAGGCUCAAACUGUCCAUGCUUCAGCAGUACCUCAAGGUGGAGAGCUGUGAAAGCAGCUCUCCCAGUAUGGAUGAGGUGUCUCUGAGUGAGUUUGGAGAGUGGACAGAGAUCCCUGGCGCGCACUACGUCAUUCCCGAAGGUUUCAUGAAGAUCGUGGAGCUCCUGGCCCAGGACAUCCCUUCCAGAACCAUCUGCCUUAGCAAAGCGGUCCGCUGCAUCCACUGGAACUACUCGGCCGAGCAUCAGGAGGCGACCGCCAAGAGCGGCGACGUCCACCAGGACAACAACCACAACGAGAAGCGCUGCCACACCCAGCAGGACCCCCUGAUCCUUGGCCACCCCAUUUACGUGGAGUGCGAGGACGAGGAGUGGAUCCCUGCCGACCACGUGAUCGUCACCUCCUCCCUGGGCGUCCUGAAGCAAAACCACGAGGCCAUGUUCUCGCCCUCCCUGCCCGAGGACAAGGUGCUCGCCAUCGAGAAGCUGGGCAUCAGCACCACCAACAAGAUAUUCCUGGAGUUUGAAGAGCCCUUCUGGAGCCCCGAGUGCAACAGCAUCCAGUUUGUGUGGGAGGACGAGGCCCAGCUGGAGCAGCCGGUCUACCCCGAGGAGCUGUGGUACAAGAAGAUCUGCAGCUUCGACGUCCUCUACCCGCCCGAGCGCUACGGCCACAUGCUGAGCGGCUGGAUCUGCGGGCAGGAAGCGCUGUACAUGGAGCGCUGCGACGACGAGACGGUGGCCGAGACCUGCACUGAGCUGCUGAGGCGCUUUACAGGGAACCCUGACAUUCCAAAGCCCCGGCGCAUCCUGCGCUCCUCGUGGGGCAGCAACCCGUACAUCCGAGGCUCCUACUCCUUCACCAGGGUGGGCUCCAGCGGCGGGGACUGCGAGAGGCUGGCCAUGCCGCUGCCUUACGCCAAUAGCACCAAGACUCUGCCCCUGCAGGUCCUGUUUGCCGGAGAGGCCACCCACAGAAAAUACUAUUCCACUACCCAUGGUGCUUUGCUGUCAGGACAGAGGGAAGCCACUCGCUUGACAGAGAUGUACCAGGACUUGCACAGAGCUCAAACCACAAAGCCUAACAAGUAAAAUAAAGCAAACCUCUGACUAGUGAAAGGAUAAAUCUAAACUGUUGACUUUGUAACGUUUAUCUCGAUGAUUAACUUAAAGCAUAGCUUGGGCAUUAUUACAUUGAUAACACAUGAGUAUUGUUUCAAUUGUACUGUAGAUUCAAAUCAUGCUACGUUUCAUUUGAGAUGUACAGUUCAAGAGUUGCCAAUGGUGCUGUCAUUUCUUGUCUUUAUCAUUCUGUUGUUUUUCAAUCAGUAAUUUAAUGUUUGUUAUAACAGCAUCUGUGAUAUUACUUGUUUUUGUAAGUGCCUUCUGUACGUAUCUGUGUUAUUUCAGAAAUAAUGAAAAUACUGCAUAAUAAAAUAACCUUCUAACAGAAUAAAGGUUAUCACCAUCUAACAGGA